UCAUUUCUUUAUUCUUGACAAAUUUCUACUUUGAUCACAGAGCACAGACAUGUGGGAUCCACAAACUUCAACCUACUCAGCAGCAGGAGCCAUACAAUAUUUACCCUGACCAUAGAGAGUAGUCCAUGUGGUGAAAAUAGUGAAGGAGAAGCAGUGACACUGUCACAACUGAAUCUCAUCGAUCUGGCAGGUUCUGAGAGCUCAAAAGCUGAAACAACUGGCAUGAGAAGAAGAGAAGGAUCUUAUAUCAAUAAAAGUCUUCUAACUCUUGGAACUGUCAUUUCAAAAUUAACCGAAGAUAAACCCAGUCACAUACCUUAUAGGGACUCCAAACUGACUAGACUACUUCAGUCUUCACUCAGUGGUCAUGGACGUGUAUCUCUUAUCUGCACAGUGACUCCUUCCUCAAGUAGUACUGAGGAGACACAUAAUACAUUGAAGUUUGCUCACCGGGCAAAGCAUAUUGAAAUCCAAGCAGCACAAAACAAAAUAAUUGAUGAGAAGUCACUUAUCAAGAAAUACCAACAAGAGAUUCAAUGCCUAAAGGAAGAAUUGGAACAACUAAAGAGGGGUAUUGUUACAGUUCAACCAAAAGAUACUGGGGAAGAUGACAUUGUGCUUCUAAAACAAAAGGAAAGUAAUUAUAGAUUAGAGGAUGGUCAAGUUAAGUUGCAAUCCCGGUUGGAACAAGAAGAAGAAGCUAAAGCUGCUUUGUUAGGAAGAAUUCAACGGCUGACUAAACUGAUUUUGGUCUCCACAAAAGCAUCACAUUCAACCAGAUUUCCUAACAGGCCUGGUCCUCGUAGAAGACAUUCCUUCGGAGAAGAGGAGGUAUUUCUAGUUUUUGUUGGUUAUCCCUGUUGUUUAUCAGAUAUUUGUUUCAGAAACGAGAUGGUGGCUUGACAGGCACUAGUGAUAAAUCCAGUGGUGCAAAAUCUACUAGCACACCUUCAACACCUCAAGGAGAAAGUGGUAACCAUGCAGAAUCCCGGCUUUCUCAUUCUCUAGCUGCAGAAAGUUCUCCAUCUGCUGAUCUUAUAUCAGAGGCAAGAGAGGAUAAAGAUACUCGCGAGGAUAGUUUAUUGGGACCAGAAACACCUUUGACAAGCAUCAAGUCAGUUGAUCAGAUCGAUCUUCUAAGGGAGCAGCACAAGAUUUUAUGUGGAGAAGUUGCCCUUCAUUCAAGUGCUUUCACCGAGGUGGUUUAUGAUCUUAAUGAUGAAUGCAAGAGGGCUUUGCUGGAAAAAAGUGUUCUUUGAUGAAAAAUAGAUAACCGUCAUACACUACCACUACGCUAUAUAUUGAAAAGAAAAAGAUUUCCAGAGCAUAGUAUGCGUAUCACA